AUGAGUCUCGAACCGCCCAUGAUGUCAACCAAUACCACUGCGGAUAUAAUCAAUCCCUCGACGUCUUACGGUCCAGCAAUGAGAGGCGAAAGGAAAUUUUCAUCUGCGGAUGAUGAAAGCUCGAUCCCCACCACGAUGAGAGCUCUAUACUACUCACCCGUCGCAUCACUAGACAACAACACGUACCCCACGACGGGCUCGCCACGAUUCAGAGAAGACAGCACGGCCGUGAACCCCAGAUCCGACUCGUUGGCAUUCAAUCCCAGAGCCAACUCUCUAGCAUUUAACCCGAGAGCCGAUUCCCUGGCAUCUCUACAAGACAACAACUACAAUCCCAACCCUGGGUCAGUCCCCGAAACAAGAGCUGCCUCGACGGCAAAUACCACAGAUACUUUGGCAAGUGCCAGUUCACAUCCGAGAACAAAGCCCGGUCCAGCGGGUUCUCUUAUCUUUGACAAGUCCUUUCCAACCCCACGACCGGAAACACACCAGUAUCUCUUGAAAGUGCAGACGGCAGCUUUCUGUCAAGACGAACUACGGCUCGCAAUGACACUCAAUCCACCCAAAACAACGCCCACCAUUCCGUUGCAUAGUGUCUGUGGCACAGUGGUUACGACUCCACCGCAAGACCCUGACCGGCCUCUUGGGCCGCGGUAUAGAAUUGGUGAUGUGGUCUGGGGUGUUCUGAGCUAUGCACGGGAUGGUGGAGCAGCGGACUAUGUUAUAGCAAAUGAGGACGAAUUGACGCUGAAACCACCGAACAUCACGUCCACCCAGGCUGCCGCGCUGGCGUUGCCGGCUUUGACCGCUUGGCAAGCCUUAUUUGUGGUUGCGGGGAUAGAUCCUGAUACGCCUGACGAUGGGACAGGUCAAAACGCAUCCGACACUGUGAAUAGAACGGGGAGCGGUGUUAGUAGCGGAAAGGGCGCUGCUGGUAGUGGGAGAGCUGCUAGCAGUGGCAGGGGAAGUGGCCAGAACCUUAGGGACGGAAACAGCGGUACCUCUGAGCAAAGAGACGACAUGAUACCCAGGCUCAGCAUUGCAAAUAAGGGUGCAGAAGGUCAAAAGGGACACAGAUUCAGUCUUACCAACCUCACAGGUGCGAGUGGUAGCGGCGAAAGCGGACGCAAGUUCAGUCUAGCUAGCCUUACUGGCAGCGGCAGCAGUGGUAGCAGUCGCAGCGGCAGUACGGAUGAGGGAGGGCGCAAACUAAGCAUGGCCAGCAUCGGCAGCAUGGCUGCGGCUAGCGGACGCAAAUUAAGCCUGAUUAACAGUGCCGGCAGUGGCAGUGAUACUGGCUACGCGCUCCGCAAGAAAAAGCCUCUGCGCAUACUUGUGACCAACGCCCGGGAUAGUGAAGUCGGUCGUAUAGCAGUACAACUUCUGCGAGCGGAGAAACUCUUCCCAGCCAGGGUUCGGCCCUGGAUUUGUGUGACUUGUACGGUAGCGGAACAGACCGCUAUUCGCGAUGACUGGAUGGUUGACCAGACACUUGUGAUUCCGCAUCUUCCCACGAAAGAAGAGUGUGAUCUCGGGGUGAUGUUCCGGUCCCGAAAGUGGGAACCUGUCGAUAUUGUACUGGACUGUACGGGCGGGGAGGUGUUUUGCCAGGCUCAUUCGAAGGAUGUGGUGAGGGACGGCGGGGCUGUCUUGACGGCUGUGGAUCCUAAGCCUAUGAAGGAUGCGUCUCAUGAGCAGGAGAUGCUUAAACAGCGGAAGAGGGGACUCAAGAGUCGAUUUGUGCCUGUGAAUCCUGAUGGCGCCGCUUUGAAACGGAUUGCUGGGCUAGUGGAGGAUCGGGUGCUGAAGGGGCGUGAGGAACAACUUGUUGAUUUGAGUAGUGCGGCGAGGUUGCUUGAGGGCAAGGCAGCCGGUGCAGCAGGAAGUCGUCGUGGGGGAAUGAUGGUAGUUCGUGUCAAUGCUGUUUGUUAG